AUGACAUCUAUUUUUCAUUCUGUUUUUAGGAAGUAUUCAACAUUAGUUAAAAUGUCUUCCACCAAAGCUCCAAAUGAAAAUGAAACACCCAAAGACAGAAAACCAGGGCUGAGGAGUGUUCGAACAACUAUGCUAUUCCGAGCUGUGCAACCAGAUUUUUUUUCUUGUCAGAGCAAACCUGUGAUGGCAUUUGGACUCUUUGCAGUUACCGUCUGUGUGGCCUACCUUGGUUAUUUGCAUGCAACAGUAGAGAAUAAAAAGGACCUCUAUGAAGCAAUUGACAGUGAGGGGUCGAGGUAUAUGAGGAGGAAAACUUCCAAGUGGGACUGA